AGGAGGUUGACCUCGAGCGAUGUCCUGGUGACAGUAACUACAAGUGCGCUUACCUGGGAUGGAUACCUAGUUUAUUCAGUUUCAUCUUCUUCUCAACAAGGGCGCACUUAUCAUUGUCGACUCCCCAUUCCUAAACCUCCUGGCGCAGCUGUCCACAGCGCACGAUGGCGGACCAGAUGUGGCGAUCGUACAUCAUUGGAGCAGAGACAGUAUGGAAAAGAGGCACGCAGGAGGCCAGAAAAAGCCACAGCCUAUUUCUUCCUUUACCAGAUUGAAAUUUUUGCAUUCAUUCUCAUUGUCAUUCGGGAACCACUUGCGCGGCAGCGAGCACAUAUGUCUUCCUGCGCUUCUUUCCGAUUUCCAUACCCUUUCAAAAUCGAGGAGCCCGCUGAGCAUCCUAUGGAAAAGGCUGUGCAAAUCGAGACCGGUGACGAGCAUGGUUUACUGCUGUCCGACCAAGGCCGCGUGUACUCCUGGGGCGAUAACAGGUUCGGGCAGCUGGGAAGAAAAUGCGUGAAGAAGGACGAGGUACUAUUUAUGUUGCAGACUCCACUCUGACGCUGUGCAUCGGAUGAAAUUUUUAGAUUUAGAAGUUUUUUGAUCAUCGCACGGCUGCACAGCAUGCAAGGAAAAAAAUCGCAUUUGAAGAAAGACUACUGUAGUUUGAGAAACGCGUCAUACAUAUAUCUGAAUACACCAACUCCAAACAGGGCGACCGCGCGUUCGUCGUCAGUGAGGGCGGCCUCGGCGAGCAGGAGGCCGUGCAGAUCGCCUGCGGAAAGCACUUUUGCCUGGUCCUCUGCGCGCUCGGCGAGGUGUACGCCUGGGGGCGGAACAAGGCCGGGCAGCUCGGCAUGCAGCACACGCGGGACGUGACCCGCCCAAAGCUGGUGAAGCUACCGAAGAACCACCCCGAAAAAAUUGUCAAAAUUGGCUGCGGCAAGGAGUCCGGCGUGGCCAUCGGCGCGGAGGGCUCGAUUUGGCAGUGGGGCGCGUCUUUGCAGAACUUUGGCGACAAUGUGCCGAACCACACCCCGUUUCUGGUGUUUUCCUCUGCCCGAGACGGAACCCUGUUUACCGCCGGGGGAUCCUCGUCCUCGAAGCAAAAAUUUUCCGUGGACGGCGUGGACGCACGGGUGCCUGCGACCUAUCAAAAGGAAAAAUUUUUCCUCCACAUGUGAAAAACGAAAGUUGUGAUGCUGUAUUUGAGUACACGAGUCGACUUGUAUUGCUAGAAGGCCAAGAGCCGCAGCCGUGGCCUCGUUUGCAGGAAAUUUGUCAUGCUGUUUCCCACCUGCAGGCGCCUCCUGUCAUGCUGAAGAUGCAAGGCCUUCCCACGCCACCCAGCACUACAGUCCGCAUCUUUUGUCUUCUAGCAUGACACGGCUGAUCUGUGAGCACAAAUCUGCAUCACAGAGUUCCGUUUUGAUACGGGGAGGGGGGAUUUUUCUUCUUGAUGCGACCGUUUCCAACCCGAGUUUGUUCGCCGAGCAACUGGAGCUCGCCCGACAGUGCCAAAUCACCCUGGGGAAACUGAAACAACUUCUCGCCGAGAGCACCAGUGUAGCCAACAGCAAAAAGAAGGACCGGGAGGAAAUGAUGAUGAACAAUAGUAGUGCUGGAGGUGAAAAUAACGACAACAAAGACAGCGCAAAUUCCUCGCCGCAGAAGAAAAAGAAGCAAAAAGCGGGGGUUUCCGAACUCUCCACACUCUCCCUGGUCCUGGACCAAGAAGUGCAGCAGUGUACUUCCACGAUCACCGUGAAGAAGCAAGACCUGGACGAAGCGACGGAGAUCCUGAUCCACCUGAUAUCCAAGAAGAAAACUGUCUUUGUGUAAAUGCUUCUGUCUGGCAUGAGCACGACAAGUGUAGGGAAAACUGUAUUGCGUGAUGUAGUUUCGCAUAGAUAAGGACAACUUAGAUAGCAAGUACAUCAACGCAGUGCUUUUCUCGGAUACUUGAGGGAGCAGGUGCACAAACUAGAUGCGCAAACUGUAACACUGGCGGACCAGCUGGAUCAGCUGCAAGUGCAGUCCCUUCAAACGACCGGAAUGGAGCAGAAGAAACUCUUCGAGCAGAUGGAUCGGGUCCGGGAGUUCCAGGACAGCAAUUCGAGCUCGAAACUCGCGUUACUGGAUCAGCUGCAGACGGUCGAGCGCAAGAAGCAGUCGGCGCAGAAGGACUUGGAGAUGCAAUUGAAGAAGAAGGACGACCUGGACGUGCGGGCAAAAACGGUGCAGGAUUUCGGGAAGGAGUUGCUGGAGGGGCAGGGGUAUCAAGUGGAAAAAUAUCUGGGUCUGGAAGAGUCAUGCUGUUUUUGCAUGACACAGAAGGUCUGGCAUGGGAGCUCUAGCAUCACGGGUUUCGAGAAGCUUCCGCAAUGCCGAACCCGCAUGAGAAAUCCCCCAUCUUGGUGACAGAAAGUCGGCAGCUUUAGCUACCUAUGCAUGAGAGACUUUUCUAUUUUCUAAAAUGCGCAUCACAAGUUCGGAUCCUGCCAGACCCAGACAUUUUUGCAUUUCAUAAGGGGCAAGCCCCCAUUUUGAUGGCGAUCACGAGCCAACUGUCGAAGUUGCGGGACGCUCUGGACGAACGGACGGAGCUGUUCAGCGAGAAGGCCCCGGAAAACCACGAGGAGUUUGUGAGUCAGAGGGAGAACAUAUGAGAGACGUGCACAACUCCUCCUCCCCAUCAUUUGUCAUGCAGAACGCCAAAUCCGCCCUUUGCUUCUUUGCACUUUUUGCAUGAUAAGUUUUGGAAGGAGCUCAAACAGUACUACAAUCCUGGGUGAACAAUUUGUCAUGCAAAACCUGCAUGCUUGCCGACGCUUGUAUUGCUGUUUGUGCCCUUCAGAUGAGGGAGACGGGGUGGAGUUGUGUACUCUCAUAGAACAUCGAGGGGUUGGAGGUUGUGGAGUCGAUUGCGCGGAAACAGAUCGUGGCGCUGGAAGCAAACUCGGAUACGGAGGAGAUAGCCCGGUUGCUGUUUCUGUCGCUUUUGACGUCGCUGAAGGAAUUUCUCGUGCUGUUUAAGCAAAGAUGGCUCAGUCAGGACGUGGACAUAACCAUGUUUUUUGAUUGACAGAAGGAUGCUGCUCGAAUCACUCUGUCACUAAGAUGAGCUCGGACCACGUAAGAUUUUCUGUUGCGCCACAGCAGGAACAAUUAAAUGGAGCUGAUUUUCUACUUUUUCUUUUCC